AUGCAGGCUGCCCCUGGCCACGGGCUGGCCCUGACUACACUGCUCCUCUGCCUCCUCCUGCAGCAGCUGGGCAGCAGCAAGGCAUGGAAGCAGCAUGCCCCACGCCUUCGCCUCGCCUACAAAGACCUGCUGAAAUCCAACAGCUCUCACCUGCUGCUGGCCUCAGGGGAUGGGAUGGAUUUCCAAGCUCUCUUGGUGGAUGAAGACAGGGGCUGGCUGAUGGUGGGAGCAAAAAACCACAUCUUCCUGCUUCAUCUGGACCAUCCCAGCAGAGAGCCCGAGAAGAUUUUCUGGCCAGCCCCCAGGGAACAGGUCGAGCAUUGCCAGCUGGCAGGGAAGAAUGUGGAGAUGGAGUGUGCCAACUUCAUCCGCCUCCUCCAGCCCUUCAACCGGAGCCAUGUGUUCGCCUGUGGCACCGGCUCCUACCAGCCUGUCUGUGCCUUCAUCCAGCUGGGAGCCAGGGGGAAGGGUCCUGGGGCUCCCACUAUGCGGUUGGUGACCCACUCCUUGGAAUCAGGGCGAGGACGGUGCCCAUAUAGCCCCCAUGAACCCUUCACAGGACUCCUCGUUGAUGGGAAGCUGUAUUCGGGCACCUCCAGCGACUUCAUGGGCAGCAGUGCUGCCUUCUUCCGAACGUGGGUCCAUGGGUCUGAGCAGAGCUACAUCCGCACGGAGCAGAACCAGGACCACUGGCUACACAAGCCUGCAUUCAUUGGUGCCUACGCCAUCCCCGAUACCUACAACCCAAAGGAUGACAAGGUCUACAUCUUCUUCCGUGAGACAGCUGUGGAAGCUGGUCAGUGGGAGCAGCAGCACAUCCAUGCCAGGGUGGCCAGGGUCUGCAAGAACGAUGUGGGAGGGAAGCACAGCCUCAUCAACCGGUGGAGCACGUUCCUGAAGGCUCGUCUGGUGUGCUCCAUCCCUGGGCCCCAGGGCACUGAGACCCACUUUGACCAGCUCGAGGACGUUUUCCUCCUGCGCACCCGUGACCCCCAGAACCCGCUUGUAUAUGGUCUCUUCACGGUUUCCAGCAGCAUUUUCAGUGGCUCUGCUGUCUGUGUCUACUCCAUGGCUGCUGUGAGAGCUGCCUUCAGUGGCCCCUUUGCACACAAGGAGGGAUUUGACUACCGCUGGGUAGAAUACAAGGGCCGCAUCCCCUACCCCCGUCCUGGCAUGUGCCCCAGUGAGACGUACGACCCCCUCCUGCAGUCCACCAAGGACUUCCCUGAUGAGGUGAUCAGCUUCAUGCGCAGCCACCAGCUGAUGUGGGAGCCCGUGUACCCGCAGGUGCUGGUGCACCGGCUGGAGAUGGAGAGCAGGCACUAUGAUGUGCUUUUCCUCGGCACAGAUGGAGGAAAAGUGCUGAAGGUGGGGCUGGCCGGUGGGGUGAGCCGUGGCACUGAGGUGAUCAGCCUUGAGGAGAUCAGCGUCACUAAGGUGCCUUCUCCCAUCUUGGACAUGAAGUUAUCACCAAAGCGGCAGGAGCUGUUUGUGAGCAGCACCCAUGGGUUGCUCCAGCUCUCCCUGUACCGCUGCGAGCUCUAUGGCAAAACCUGCACCGACUGCUGCCUGGCCAGGGAUCCCUACUGCACCUGGGACAGCAAGACCUGCACCCCACACCUGGUCCCUGAGAAGAGGCGUGCCCGCUGCCAUGAUGUCCUGAAGUCUGACCCACUCAGACAGUGCCAGGACACAGCAGAGGGGACUGCUGUUGUGGAGAAGCUGGUUUUUGGGGUGGAGAAGAACUCGACCUUCCUCGAGUGCCUGGCACGUUCCCCGCAGACAACGAUUCGGUGGCUGGUGUGGCACAGCGAGGAGACAGGCCUGAGUGAGGUCAGGAACAAUGGACAUUUCUUGGUGCUGGAGCAAGGGCUGCUGAUCCGCCAGCUGGCAAGAGAGGAUGCAGGCACCUAUGAGUGCCAGGCAGUGGAGCGCUCCUUCUCCCGGUCCCUCACCCGAUACAGCCUCCGUGUCAUCAGGCAUGAGGCCACCGAGGUGCCACCAUACAAAUGGAGCAAGGGGGCUGAGCUAGGAGGGACUCACCAGAGCCCCCAGCCCUGGAUUGACCUGCGCCCCGGCUACAAGGGCUUUCCACGGGCUCUGGGGGCACCAGGCACCAGCCUGGAUGCCUACUGCAAUGCCCUGUGGCACCAGGAAAGGCAGCGGCAGAGAGCCUGGCACAAGUGGCAGCACCCAUCCCCAGACAGCAGGCACGGCCGGGUGCGGAGGCACCCCCAGCCCCUGUGA